AUUUGUACUGUACUGUCACCAUGUUGAAACGUAUUUACAAGCCGAUGGAAGACGGUGGAGCUUUAUUUAGAACAUGGUAUAUCCAAAAAUGUACUAUAAUGAAAAAAGAAAUUUGAUGCAAAGACUUGAUUUAUACAUAAUAUAUAUAUAUAUACACACACACACACACUCACACACACACACACACACACACACACACACACACACGAAUUUCGCCUGUUGCCCUCUUAAAGUGUAACAGAUUGAUGCAUUUCCACGGAUCAUCUUGAAGGUUUUGGUUUCUUUUUACGGAAACACAAACUACUGAAAACCCUUCCCUAACAACACUACACAGCAUCCACUCUGUGUGCUCAGCAACAAUUAAUCCCCCUUUACUUUUUGCGAGUAAGAGAGCGAGAGAGAGAGAUACUGUAUACUUUGCUAUACUGCUAUAUACGUUAUAAUAUAUACUGUAUGUAUGUACUGUAUGAAUGGUGCGUGCGCGCGCGCGUGUGUUUAUAAAGGGUUUAUUUAAUGCUUACAGCACAAAAUAUGCAGGUCGUUUGCUGCCGGGUGAAGAAGCUGAAAAACAUGAACUAUGUUAUAAAGCCAAGAUGCUGAGUGUCAAUUAAUUCAUUGAUGAAGUUAACAUGUGGUUGAUAAAUGGUGAUGUUCCUGUCGAUGACGCUGUAAAUCACCCAGUUGUCGGGCAAUGGUAGCUCAUAUAUAGCUAUACCAUAACCAUGUAAAUUGUUCAAUACAUUUUUGUUGAAGUACCUGUGUUUGCCUUCCUGAAUAUAGAUACAGCAUUCAUGGCUCUCAUCGGUAUUUCUAAUUUGGAAGAAUUUGUCUUUAAUGGAUUCACCUCUGUGUCCACUAGAAAAAAAUUUCCUAAAGUCAUAAUACACUCCUGUCCACAUACUUUUGUCUACGUUUGCUUUGGGGCUUUUUAUGGUUUGGGCUAUAGCCUACGCCCUUUAGUUCAAAUGAAUUCAAUCUUAAUGCUACAGCAUACACUAUAUACACUAUAUUUUAGACAAUGUGUAUGCAACCAACUUUGUGGAAAUGGAGAGAGCAUUUCCUGUUUCAACAAGGCUUCAUUCACUAGAAAUUGUUUUUCCUAGUUUGAUGUGAAAGAGCUGGACAGGACUAAAAAAUACGACAAAGAUAACAAUGAACUUGUGCGCACAAUAUGAAAAAAACAUGACCCUUUGGGACUUUAGGGGCUCCGUACUAAUGCAAUGGUAACACGUGAGAAGCACAAAUUUACUAGAGGUAUCAAACAAUGACUUAGGCUUUUCAUUUGACAUCUAUUAACGUGUCUAAAUGCUGUGGAAUAAAAGAAAAAAAACUUGAUAAUGCAAGUUGGUGCUUUCCUAACAGUCAAAUAUACAGUCUAUGAGUCAAACCGCUUUUUCUACGGGUGGCCUACAAGCCAGUGCCAAUAUUUCCGUGAGCACCUGAAGUGAACGCAGAACUGAGAACAGCCUCAGCCUCCUGUGUGUGAUCAGCAGGAGCAAACUAUAAAUCGGCCUUUUAAAAAUCACCACUGACUGACAGCGUUCACAGCAGGGAAGUCACGCCCAGAGAUGUGUUAAGAAAAGGCCAAACCAGAGAGCGAACAGACAUGGGCACUCUGCAGCAUCUGAACGCCUUCAUCUGUGAGCGGCUGACGGCGGCGGCUGUGGAGAUCUUCGGGGCGGUGGAGAAAACGUUGACCGAGCACCAGGAAGAGAUCGGCCGAUCCAAGCAGGAGAUAGAUCACCUGCGAUCACUGCUGCUGCGGCAUGAAGUCAGAUUACACAGAUCAGAAGCUCAUCAGGUCUGUGAUAAGGAGGCGUCUCCUGAGCUUAUGAAAAGAGAAGGUGACAAGGAGCCACACUCACACCUCUACAGAAUAUUAACUGUUGAACAGAGAGCAGAUAUCAAAGCUGAGCCUGAUGCUGAUGAGUUUAUAACAUCUGCACCAACCAGGGAGGCUGAGGUCCCCAGUGGAAGAAAUCCAGAGUCUUCUGGACUGCGACGAGAAACCCUGAAAGAUCCACUUGAAAUCACUCAUCAUGAGCAGGAUGGGCCUGAUGAGCAGCAGUACACUGAACAAGACUGGAGCCUCUGUCAGGACCAUGAUGACCCCGAUCCCCCUCAGAUCAAAGUGGAAAAGUUUACACCAUCUAGUCCUCGGGGAGAAACAGACCAUGAGUAUGAACUCUAUCUUCAGUCAGAGAAAAGUGAUUAUGAUGAGCCUCGUUCUUGUAGCCUGACCCACGGCCAGAUUAUGAGCAACAAAACAUUUCACAAAGCAGAGGAACAGAGAAGAGACGCUGAUGGAAAAGGCUGCAAAUUGUUCAGACUGACCAGAGCAUCUCAACCCUUCUACUUCCUAAAUCACUGUGAAUAUGGUCAGAAUAGAGAUGGUGUGGUGAACGGAGAAUGGAUUAAGGCGCUCGUACCUACAGAAACAAGAAAGAAGAGGAAAAACUCCAUCUUGUGCAGCGAGGACGGAGAGAGUAUUGGGGUGGAGGAAGAUGUGAACAAUCUCACCAGGGAGAGGAGACACACUUGUCCCAUGUGUGCGAAACGUUUUAAAGAGUCGAGCCAUUUGAAAGACCACGUGAGAAUCCACACGGGUGAGAAGCCGUACCAGUGUAAGGAAUGUGGUGUGAACUUCAGGCAGAGGGGAGCUUUGACUUUGCACAUGAGGAUCCACACGGGGGAACGACCGUACCAGUGCUCCGACUGUGGUCGCCGCUUCAACCGGAAAGGCGACAUGGAGACGCACAUGGUGACACACACAGGGGAGAGACCCCAUCUUUGCAUGGUGUGUGGGAAAAGCUUCAAAAGGAAGAGCAACUUAAACACACAUCUAAAGAUCCAUGUAGAGGACAAAAUGGAUUACACUCCACCAUUGUGACUGUUUACACACUGUGUCAUGCUGCUGGAAAUCAUGGAUUGUCAGAGACUAUAUUAGUAUGCUGACUGCAGUAUAUUUCAUAAUACAGCUCAUAAUUCAUUUGUCCAGGAAACAGCAUAGAUAAACAUUUAUAAACUAGCUGAAAUGGUCUUUUUUUUUAUCUUAACAGCAAAAACAGAUAUAAGAUUUGUUGUAAUGCAUUUAAAGUGAUGGGGACAUGUUUGGAUUCUCACGUAGUCGACAUGCAAAUUAUAGACUCACUUUCUAUAAUUCGCUUAUUUCAAGUGAGGAUGAUGACUAGCAUCAUGUUAUUGCCAACAAGACUGCAAAAGGACAGUCAUCACCAUAGUAGCAGCAAUUACUUAACUGUAUAUCCAUUCAUAUCUCAUGCAUCCCUCACAUCUGAAUAUUUCAACAAAGGAGAAGAUGAACAAAAGUAAAACACACAGAACUGAAAGUUGAACAAAAUGGUCAAAUCAUGUAUAAAACUGCUACAGGCCAAUUUCAGGAUCAGAUGAUGAAGCUACAUUAGUGUUGGAAGAGUGAAACAGUACAGUAAACUUCCAACAUACAGUGAGGGGUGCGUGUUUAUGUGUUAAGAGAUAUUUUAAAGCUGCACUAAUGGACAUGUUAAAAAUGAAAAACCAGAUGUGAUAUGAUACUGUUGCUCACCACUGACAAGACCCUGAGGCCCAGCUGGCUCUGGGCAUUUAUGAUUUUCCCUCAACAUAUACCCUGUUAUGGCGUCUGACACACAUAUUAAAGAUUGUCACAGUUCCCAAACCUGAGGGAAACAUUGAAAGUAGGCAAAAAAAACCUCUCCACUCCCACACUGCU